AUGGGGCAAACACAACAGACAGAGAACAGGGAGGAAAUUGAUGUCAAAUCACUUCAGGAUAUGUAUAAAAAGUUUGUCAUGGAGUGCCCGAGUGGAUUACUUUUUCUGCACGAAUUCAAGCGUUUCUUUGGUGUGGAGCCAACAGGAGAAGCAUCUAAAUAUGCAGAAAACAUGUUUCGAGCUUUUGAUAGAAAUGGGGACAACACAAUCGAUUUCCUUGAGUUUGUGGCAGCACUCAAUCUUGUUUUCCGAGGAAACCUGGAGCAUAAACUUCGCUGGUCAUUCAAGGUGUACGACAAAGACAGUAAUGGCUAUGUGGACAGGGAUGAGCUACACUCAAUAAUUGAUAGCAUCUAUAAGAUAAAGAAAGGAACAAACACAGACAUUAGCAAUUCACAGUUGUCAGUGGAUGAGGCUGUUGAUCGACUAUUACAAGCUGUCGAUAGUGAUGGAGAUGGUCAUAUUAACAUGGAAGAGUUCAUUAGAGGUGCACAGGAGGAUCCCUGGGUGCUCAACAUGUUGAAGUUGGACAUGAACCCUGCUGGAUGGGUGCUAGAACAGAGGAGGAGGAGUGCAAACUUCUGAAAUGUUAAAGCACAUGCAAACAAAGAUAAACACUCCAGGCCUUAAAUUAACUACAGAAUAUAUCAAAUAUAAGAAAAUCAUGUUUUUCAGCUUACAGAGAAACAAAAUCUUUAUUUACUACCACUACUACCUCCACAUAUACAGCACAUCACUCUUUUUAGCGUUAAAACAGUUAUAAUUGUUAAGGAUCAUUUUUUUUUAAA